UGGGUUAUGGUUUCUCGCGCAUGCUCAAUAAACCACAAAGCCAAGUGUCCAAGAUGUCGGGAUCUGUGCCGCUGCUCGUGCGACUAGGGAUCUACAGGGUCUCCAAGGAGAAGCAGGAGACUCUCCUCAAGUUAAUGGUCCUCUCAACAGCAGCCAUUUUGGCCUUCUCCUCGCGACUCUUUGCUGUCCUUCGCUUUGAGAGUGUGAUCCACGAAUUUGAUCCGUACUUCAACUAUCGUACUACCAAGUUCUUGACAGAGGAAGGUUUUUAUCAGUUCCACAACUGGUUUGAUGACAGAGCAUGGUAUCCAUUGGGCAGGAUCAUCGGAGGAACCAUCUAUCCUGGUUUGAUGGUAACGUCAGCAGCUCUUUAUCAUGUGCUCAACUUCAUCAAUGUCACCAUUGAUAUUCGCAACGUGUGCGUGUUCCUGGCCCCACUAUUCUCAUCAUUCACAACUAUCGUAACCUAUCAUCUCACACGUGAGCUCAAAGGAACCGGGGCUGGACUGGUUGCCGCGGCGAUGAUUGCUAUUGUCCCUGGUUAUAUAUCUCGAUCGGUGGCUGGUUCCUAUGACAACGAGGGUAUUGCCAUCUUCUGUAUGCUGCUAACAUACUUCUUGUGGAUAAAGUCCGUCAAGACAGGCUCCAUAUUCUGGUCCACUCUCUGUGCUCUGGCUUACUUCUACAUGGUGUCUUCCUGGGGAGGCUACGUGUUCCUCAUCAACCUCAUUCCUAUGCAUGUACUUGUUCUCAUGAUCACUGGCCGCUUCUCUCAUCGUGUCUAUGUGUCCUACACCACUGUGUAUGUACUGGGGACAGUGCUGUCCAUGCAGAUCUCAUUCGUGGGUUUCCAGCCAGUGCAGUCCAGCGAACACAUGGCGGCGUUUGGUGUGUUUGGGCUGUGUCAGAUCCAUGCUUUUGUUGACUUCCUUCGAUCCAAACUCUCCAAGGAACAAUUCGACUUUCUCUUCAAGACUAUGGCCAUCUUGGUUGUCGUGGUAGUGGCGAUAGUGGGAGGCACUCUCACAUUCCUAGGCAAGAUAUCACCAUGGACUGGAAGGUUCUAUUCUCUGUUGGAUCCCUCUUAUGCCAAGAACAACAUUCCCAUCAUAGCCUCAGUCAGUGAGCAUCAACCCACCACUUGGUCCUCCUUCUACUUUGACCUCCAGAUCCUUGUCUUCCUGUUCCCAGCUGGGCUCUACUUUUGUUUCUCUAAGCUAACUGAUCAGAACAUCUUUAUCAUCUUGUAUGGAAUCACCUCCGUCUACUUUGCUGGUGUGAUGGUACGUCUGAUGCUGGUGUUGGCCCCGGUCAUGUGCAUCCUCUCUGGUAUAGCUGUCUCCCACCUUCUCUCCUCUUUUAUGAAGAACCUUGAUAUUGUCGAGGCAAGGGGAAGUGGGAAGAAGAAGAAGAAUGAUGGAGCCUACCCCUACAAGAACGAGGUUGCCAUGGUAUUCCUGGGGAUCAUGACAGCUCUACUCAUCAGCUACUCCUUCCACUGCACUUGGGUGACCUCUGAGGCCUACUCAUCACCGUCUAUUGUCCUCGCUGCUGGUCAAGCUGACGGAAGUAGGAUCAUAUUUGAUGAUUUCCGUGAGGCCUAUUAUUGGCUACGUCAGAAUACUCCAGAGGACGCUAAGGUCAUGUCGUGGUGGGAUUAUGGUUAUCAGAUAACAGCCAUGGCUAAUCGGACUAUUCUAGUGGAUAAUAACACUUGGAACAAUACUCAUAUAUCCAGGGUUGGUCAGGCAAUGUCUUCUCCUGAGGACAAAGCUUAUGAGAUCAUGCGGGAGUUGGAUGUUGGAUAUGUCCUGGUCAUAUUUGGAGGGCUAACUGGAUAUGCAUCUGAUGAUAUCAACAAGUUCCUGUGGAUGGUUCGUAUUGGUGGCAGCACUGAUAAAGGUGCUCACAUCAAGGAGGCUGAUUACUUCACUCCCCAGGGAGAGUUCCGUGUGGACAGAGAGGGAUCCCCUGUCCUCCUCAACUGUCUCAUGUACAAGAUGUGCUACUACCGCUUCGGACAAGUCUACACUGAACAAGGAAAACCUAGUGGCUAUGAUCGUGUGAGGAAUGCAGAGAUUGGCAACAAGGAGUUUGAGUUGGAUGUGCUGGAAGAGGCCUACACGACUGAGCACUGGAUAGUGCGCAUCUAUAAGGUCAAGGACCUAGUUAACAGAGGACUAUAGAGGCUAGCUCACUGGAGAUUGCUGCUGUAUUUCAAUCUAUUCUUUUGUGGAAUGUUUCAUACAUGACGCAUACAUGACGAUAAUAAAUUUUUGAAGAUGUAAAAUGAAUAA